CUAAGGCCUGAGAGGGGAGGGGAAAACCGCGCGGCUGAGGCCGCCGCCUUUCUCGGCCUACGCCGCUGUCGUCACUUCCUCCCUUCGUCUCCUAGCAACCGCGGCCCGCUUGGGUCGACUCUGACUGUGGAAGCCUUAGAACGGAACUGAUCUUGCAGUCGGGCCGCUAGCGAUGGCAGAGGUUGAGGAAACUCUAAAGAGGAUUCAGAACCAUAAAGGGGUUAUUGGAACAAUGGUUGUUAAUGCUGAAGGUAUUCCCAUCAGAACAACCUUAGAUAACUCUACAACAGUUCAGUAUGCAGGCCUUCUUCAUCAGCUGACUAUGAAAGCCAAGAGCACAGUGCGAGAUAUUGAUCCUCAGAAUGACCUAACUUUUCUUAGAAUCAGAUCAAAGAAACAUGAAGUCAUGGUAGCCCCAGAUAAGGAAUAUCUUCUGAUUGUCAUUCAGAAUCCAACUGAAUAAACCUGUGAUAACAAAUUUGAUAAUAAUGAACCUAAACUGCUUUUAACAAAUUCCUUUCUACUAAAAUUGUAUUCCUUCCUUAUGGAUAUUUUAAUAUACUUAGCUGCUUUUAUAUUGAAUCUAUUCCUACUUAUUCCAUUUAUUUUCUUUUGAUUAUAUUUUGAAAGUGUUCAUUACCAAUAUAAUGCAUU